AUGCAUUUCGCACCACUCCUUGUUUUGGCCGCCGUUGGCGCGUCCGCUCACCCUUCGGGCCAUGCCCACCUCCACCGUCGCGCUCACGAUAGGCGUAACCCUGAGCCCAAGCCUGAUCCCGCUGUUGGAGAUAUUGUUACUGCCACCAUGAUGGGCAAGGUUGUCACCUGGACCAACACCUAUGACGGCUCACCUUUCAUCAAGCACGACCAGCCAGCAGGCGCUCAGAGCGCCGCUGCGGAGCCGUCUGCCUCCCCGACAACAACCUCCAGCCCCCCAACGGCUGCCGCUACGUCGUCUUCGGCCCCCACCGCGACUCCGGCCAGCAGCUCGUCAAGCAGCUCUGGCUCUAGCUCUGGAUCCGGCUCUGGUAUUACCUCUUACACCUCGUUCUGCAACGGGCAGUCUUCCAAGUCCAAGCGUGCCACCGUCGCAAACAUUGCCUACGUUGGUAACACGGGCACCUCUUCAAAUUGGGGAUGCAACAUGAUGCUCGUUGCCGACGCCCAGACGGCCGACCAGUACAACUACACCAUGAAGAUUACCAACGACUCAAACGACAAGCAGAUCUGCACGUGCUUCAACAAGAUUGGCCCCGAUGGAAAGAUCGACGGCUUCUUCCACGAGGGCAUUACUUGGACCAUGCAAGGACGUGCCACCCAGUACGUCGCAUUCGACAGCAACUCGCAGGGAGGCUGUGUUUGCAACGCAGGUAACAGCCUGCGCAAGACCUCGAACGGCCAGUUUGCCGGCACCUGGAUCGAGAGCGACUUCGGUUCCUCGGUCAACAAUGGCUGGUCGGGCGCUGACAUCUCGUCAAUUGUCGCCGAUAACAACAAGAUGCAGGUUGACGGCGCCAAGGUUUGCUUCAACGGCAAAUGCUCGACCAUCUACCCCGGUGGCAAGGCCGACAACGCUUACACUGGCGGCCUGGAGGAUGCUGACGGCAUCGGCUUGAACAUUCCCCCUGGCAAGGUCCAGUUGGAAGUCCAGGUUGCCUUCAGCGGUUAA